AGAUUCCAACACGAAGUGGAUCGUUCUCCGUGGUCUAUGUGUCCACACCGACUCCUAUAGUCCCUCUCACAUCAUGACUGCUCCUGAGUGUACACGCCGUUGUGAAGCAGAGCCCGGAUGUGUGAUGGCGAAGUUCAGUUCAGCGGCUUCACUUUGCUGGCUCAGCAAGUCACGCAAGAUGGCGCCACUUGGCAACGGUUGCGAUGGAAAAUUCAAGAAUAUAUACGACUACUUUGUAAAACGUACGUCUGUGGUGAACAAUAGCCUAGAACAAUACUAACAAUUAGCCUUUCUCGAUUACCCUGGACAAUAUCGGCCAUUUUGGGCUACUGUCUUCUCUAGUAAAGUAGUCUAGACAACUUUACAAGCUGCGAAAACAACUGCGAAAACCGACUUUACAAAGUUUUAACACCUGUAAAUUUACUAAUAUACACACAAUUAGUUCAUGCACAUGGCCUAUAUUUCUGAUGUUAAGCCUGUUUCCCACUAGGCAAAUGCGUUCAGGCGAAUAGACUUUUUCCUUUGGGGGCAUCGCUUUUACUGACGUGACAAGCGAUGCCAACAAAGCCAAAGGAAAAAACGGACUGACAAAUGUGAGUAAAAUAUUAAAUCCCAUAUUAGAGUCCAUUUAACUAUAGUUUCAUUUCAUAUCUAGCUCUAGAUGAGUGUGAUGUCUCAGAAAGGCAAUGUCCCGAUCAUUCAGAAUGUUUGUUUGAAAAAGGUCACAGAUAUUGUAAAUGUCGAGGCGGUUUUGAACAGCAUGGCAAGCAAUGCAAAGGUUAGGUAUAAGUGAUUAUCACUUUCUUUAAAAUGGGAGUCGAGUGUAUAGAUACUGUAUUCAAGGAAAAGCUGCCGAAGUUUGAACUACCCGAACAAAGACAUCUCAAACGUGGGGUCCAAUGUAUUGGUAGCACUCUACAAAAGGUUGCAUAUUGUCUUGUAUUUUCACACAUGUCCUUUCCACUUCUGUGACAUGAAUUUGUGCAAUUUCCUACAGACUAAAGUAGUAGUCAUGUUCUCUGCACAUGUACUACUUUCUUCGGAGAAACCAUUUGUCUUCUGACAAAUCGGAAAAUGAUCAAGAUAAUUGCUCCGAUUGAUUUAUAUAAUGUGUUGACAUAUAAUUGUGUUGACAUUGCUUUUCAGUCUUCAAUAUUUGAGUGAAUCACGCUUUCGAAAUGACAACAAUAUUUUUUUAUUAUCCAACCCUCAAGUUGUUUUGUUUUUCAUUUACUCAUUCAAAAUGUUGUAUACCCAACCGUUUCCACUUCGGUGCCCCACCCCUAGGCCUAGCUGUCAUAAAUAAUGACUGAUCUCUUACUGGUGACCUGUGUUUUCAGAUAUCAAUGAAUGUGCAUUGUACGACGAUCUCUGUGGUGAGCAUGCGCACUGCGUCAACACUCUUGGCAGUUACAAAUGUUCAUGUAAUCGUCACUACAUCGGAGAUGGCGUCAUCUGUCUUCAGAGUGAGUUUGAAAUUUUCACGCCAGGUGUAAAUCUGUAUGACGAAUCUAAACUAUGAUUGGUUUGAUGCAAAUUUCCUAGUACGCGAGUAAAGGUGUUUCAAGCCAUUUUAAUUUAGUUUUAAGAUAGCUAUCAUUUAAAUUUUUCUCUGAGCGGAUAUCAAAGGGCGCUUUUUCUUAGCAUGGUCUGAAUUACAACCAGUUGGACAAAGUGUUAAUGAGGACCUUUUCCCUAUUCAAUUAAGCGUACAUAAAGACCAUUCUAUACUACUGACUUUUAUAAGAAGGAAUCUCACGUAUGUGAGACUGAAAAUAUCUUGGCCACAUUUCCGAAGAAACUUGACCCAGAUAUUUCCAUAAAAAGACAGAAAUUCUGCUUGGAUGAGUCUAAGCAUGUUAAAGGAAAGCCAUAAAAACAUAAAAGCAUUCCAUGCUACCCCCAGUCCCUCCCUCCCCCCCCCGCCGCCGCCAACAUCUGCCAGCGCGCCAUUGAGGAUAAGCGCGAGAAGCAGUUGAAUACUUGAAUAACUGAGUUAUGCAGUUGCCAGGAAAGUAAAAGAGUACAUAAAAAGUAAUGAGGGAUUCAAUUAUCGUGCAACUCCUUUUAAAACCUUUUAUUUUCUCGUUGCAGAGCAAGAACGACAUGCGAUUUCCUUUGGGCAAGGCCCGGUUUCAUCAAGCUGAAAAAAAUUGCUUACUUUAGAAGAUGCAAAGCUUACUUCUCUUCAAUCAUGC